AUGGUCCAAGCUUGGGACACACAUUGGAAAGAUUUAAAUAAAGAAGAGCUGAAAGAAUGGAAAAGAAGAAGACAUUUGGUGUUACAAGGAAACUCGGUAAUUGGUGAGUCUAAGCCGGGUAGAGAAUACAUGAAUUGGUUUUUAUCAAUUCCUUUUAUGCACGUUGCUCCGACACAGUUUUUGAAUGAUCCCCGUCAACGUGUAGCUUCUUCAAUCCAACAAACAACAUCACCCCCACAACAACAUAACCAACCAUCAUCCUCAGCUCAACAAACUUACCAACACACCCAGACCACACAACAACGCACAAUUUAUUCCACCUCAACCCAACACCAUAAUCCCCACACUCCAUUCCCUCAAACAAACUACUAUUACAACCAACAAUAUCAACAACAAACCAACCUACGCCCACCCAUACAAUACACUCCAAUUCCUCAACCCAACUUUGAAUAUUCAAACCCUCAUUCUCAAUCCCAACCUUCUAACACCACAUUCACACAUCUCACUCCCACAUACAACCCUGAUGAUGUCUAUUAUCCUCCUAUCCAACACACCCAACCCGAAACCUACACACAAGCCACACAUUCACUACCUAACUUUGACCUCACCGAUGACCAUCUAAUGAGUAUGCCUUCUUUUCGCAUUCAAGAACUCGACGGUAUGGAUAUGCCUCCAAACACAUCACAACAACAUCAAAGUCAACAACAUCAACAACAACAAGACACCCUUGAUGAAUUGUCUUCCGACUCAUCUCCGUCUCCUGCAAGACAAAGACAAGAAGACUUAGGCAAGGGAAAACGCAAAAAAAUUGGCACAAGAUGUGGAACAGGCGGUCACUAUAAAUAA